UAACCGAAAAUGUGUCUUUUUUGGAUAACUACUUCAAUAAUUCUUUUGAUUUAAUGAACUCUUUGAAUGAAAUUAAAAGUUAUGUAGCGCAAGAAUUAAACUUUAAAGUUGAGAAACCAAUUUCAACUAAGUUAAAUAAGAGCACAAAGUUUAAUUCCUUAGAUUGCUCUACUUACAAUGCAGAUAUCUUAACCCAAAGUCAAGAAAGUAAAAAUGAUUUUAAAAAGUAUUUAAAGAAUUGGGGUUUGCCUACUGAAAUUGUUACAAGGUAUGAGCAGAAAGGGAUUCAAGAAAUGUUUCAAUGGCAAGUUGACUGUUUAAGUAAUCCAAGGGUUUUAUUAAAUUGUUCCAAUUUAGUUUAUUCAGCCCCAACCUCUGCUGGGAAAACGUUAGUGGCUGAAAUAUUGACUAUCAAAACAAUACUUGAACGACAAAAGAAAGUAAUAAUUAUUUUACCCUUUGUUUCCAUUGUGCGGGAAAAAAUGUUUUAUUUGCAGCAUAUUUUAUCAAGUUCAGGUAUUCGCGUUGAGGGUUUUAUGGGAUCCCAAUCUCCACCAGGAGGGCUGCAAUCAGUGCAUAUUGCUAUUUGUACAAUUGAAAAGGCUAAUAGUUUAGUAAAUAAAUUAUUAGACGAGAACAGCAUUUCUGAACUUGGUGCUAUAAUUGUGGACGAACUUCAUUUACUUGGUGAUUCUCAUAGAGGAUAUAUUUUAGAGCUUCUGUUAACUAAAGUUAAAUAUGUAACUAAUAAAUCGGAUAAUGUCCAAAUUCAAAUUAUUGGAAUGUCAGCUACUCUUCCGAAUUUAGAAGUUUUGUCCAGUUGGUUGGAUGCAGAACUUUACAUAACAGAUUUCAGACCAAUUCCUUUAGAUGAAUUUUGUUUAAUUGGCAACAAAUACUAUGAUAAACAGGGAAAAUUCAUAAGCAACAUUAAAAGGAUAACUGAAAAUGAAGACAUUGAUUAUGUAUUAAAUAUUUGCCUAGAAACUAUUAAGGAAGGUUGUUCUAUAUUAAUUUUUUGUAUGACAAAAAAUAGAUGUGAAAGCUUAGCUCAAAGUAUUGCAUCAUCAUUUUUUAAAUUGGGUUGUGGCGGGAAUGAAGUAGGGACCAUUUUAAGGGAGGAACUUAAAACUGAUGCUAUUGCAGAAGUUUUAGAGCAACUAAAAAAUUGUCCUGUAGGCCUAGAUCAAGUAUUAAAAAAUGUUGUAUCUUUUGGUGUGGCUUACCACCAUGCAGGCCUUACAUUUGAUGAAAGGGAUAUAAUAGAAGGAGGAUUCAAGUCUGGUGCCAUUCGUGUUUUGGUAGCAACAUCUACAUUAAGUUCGGGGGUUAAUUUACCUGCAAGAAAAGUUAUAAUUCGGUCUCCUGUGUUUCAAAGACAACCAAUAAAUAUUUUAACUUAUAAACAAAUGAUAGGAAGAGCUGGUCGAAUGGGAAAAGAUACUAAAGGCGAAAGUAUUCUAGUAUGCACACAGGCAGAACAAAAGAUUGGUUUUGAUCUUAUGAUGGGUGCUUUGGAUCCUGUCAAAAGCUGCAUAGAGACUGAAGACAAGUUUAUGAGAGCUGUAAUAGAAAUGAUUGCUAGUCAAGCAGUUUGCACUAAGUCAGAAUUAGAUCUUUAUUCUAAAUGUACUUUACUUUUUAAACAAUCAAUGUCUUCUUCGCAAGACUCUCUAUUAGAAAAUACUUUAAAACAAUUGAUAGAUUUUGAGCUGGUCAGAAUCCAAACUAAUGAUACUGAAGAACGCUAUGUCGCGACAUCUUUAGGGAAGGCUUGCCUUUCUUCAAGUAUGGCACCCAAUGAUGGCUUGUCGUUAUUUUGUGAAUUACAAAAAGCGCGUCAGUGCAUUGUCUUGGAAACUGACUUACACCUCAUUUAUUUAGUUACACCAUAUAGUGUCAGUAGCCAAUGGGCGGACUUGGAUUGGUUGCAUCUCCUAACUUUAUGGGAAUCUUUAACAGUUGCUAUGAAAAAAGUUGGUGAACUUGUUGGAGUUCAAGAAAGCUUUAUAAUCCGUUGCUUGAGGGGAGCAAAUAAAUCUGCAUGCAAGAAUAAGCUGAACAUACAUAAAAGGUUCUAUACAGCCUUGGCGCUUCAAGACUUAGUCAAUGAAGUUCCUCUCUCAGAAGUAGCCGCAAAGUUUCAGUGUGCUAGAGGUUUUCUUCAAGGACUUCAACAAGCUGCUGCAACAUUUGCUGGUAUGGUAACAGCUUUCUGUCGGCAACUAGGCUGGAAAAAUUUGGAAUUACUUGUUUCACAAUUUCAAGACCGGCUUCACUUUGGAGUUCAUUCUGAUCUGUUAGAUUUAAUGAAGUUAUCAUCCUUAAAUGGUGUAAGAGCGCGAACGCUCUUUGAUGCUGGAUUUGAGACAGUUUCUAGUAUCGCCUCGGCAGAUGUAAAUGUUAUAGAAAAUGCUUUGUACAAGGCUGUACCAUUCCAGAGUGAAAAGGGCAGAGAAGGUGAUGAUUUGGCUGAUGUUCGAAAAAGGAAUAAAAUCAGAAAUAUCUGGAUUACAGGUUUUUGUGGUAUGACUGAAUUCACAAAUAAAUUGUCAAAAAUUUUGAUGAGAUCUACUUUAAAAAUGCGAUCCAUGUGGGUUAAGAAACAUUAUUUAUAUCUUAUCAAGUUGUUGGGUUAUUUCUCACAAACAUUUUCCGAUAUAUUAGUUGCUGAAUGGUUGAUGGAUAACAAAGAAGAUAUGUCCAGCGUUCGUGAAUUGAUAAAGAAAUAUCGUAACGUUGAUCUGUUAAAUACAAACAUUACAGUCGAUGGUAAUACGAAGAAUUAUAAUGAGCUAGAUAAAGUUGAAGAAUCGUGUCUUAAAUCUUGGUGUUUGUUUGAUAUUGCUGAUGAACAAGAUAAAUGCUUUUUCGAUAAAUAUCACUUUGCGAUGUCUAUUAUUGAGAUGGAAAAUCAUGUAUUAAAAAUAUUGGCGUGCAGCGAAUACCAGGGAAUCAUGGUGGAUAAGGAACUCGCGUCUCGACUCUUGGUUGAUGUGAAAAGCUCGCAAGAGAUACUUCAGAAAAAGGCAUUCAAGAUAUGCGGAUAUCACUUUAAUUUUAAUUCGUCGAAGGAUGUCGCUAAGGUAUUAGGUAUUUACAAAGGUCGCAAAGUAAGUACAAAGAAAAGCGUGCUUACGGCCCAUAACAGUCCGAUGGCGAGCAUCGUGAUCUAUUGGAGGAAACUCAACUCUAUUUUGACGAAGACCUUGUACCCGCUCACUGAAAAGGCUUACAUGUGUAGUGCAGAUAAUAAGAUAAAUCCUUCGUACACGUUGUUCACUUGCACCGGUCGAAUUAGUAUGCACGAACCGAACUUACAAAACGUGCCACGAACAUUUUCCGUACCCAUGAAAUACCUGAAAGUUGUGGACGACUUUGAACCUUGCGACGACGCAGCAGAGUUCAAUUGCAGAAACAUUUUCAAAGCAUCGCCGGGCUACGUGUUUGUUUCGGCGGAUUAUUGCCAACUGGAAAUGAGAAUCUUAACCCACUAUAGUAAGGACGCGGUUUUGUCUCGGAUUAUGAAAUCGGAUGUGGACGUUUUUAAGUCUAUAGCCGCUUCUUGGGGGGGAGUUCCAGAAAGUAAGGUGGAUGACGACCUCCGUCAAAAAGCGAAACAGCUAUGUUACGGAAUCCUUUACGGAAUGGGGAACCGUACGUUGUCUCAACAUUUAGAUGUAUCCGAAAUGGAAGCUGCCAUGUUCAUGGAUAGCUUUUACAAUACGUAUCCCGAUGUGCGGAAAUUUACCCAAAAUGUGGUACAGGAGUGCCGGAGCAAGGGCUACGUGGAGACUCUGAUGAAACGCAGAAGAUAUUUACCUGACAUUAACAGCCUCGUGGUCUCCAAGAGAAAUACUGCAGAGCGCCAAGCUGUAAAUACGACAGUACAAGGAUCAGCUGCAGACAUAGCAAAGGCAGCGAUGUGUGCAAUAGACAAUAGAACAUACGGAGAUAUAAAACCACACCUCGUUCUACAAAUGCAUGAUGAACUUAUCUAUGAAGUGGUCGAAUAUAAGAAAAACGAUUUUAUAAAUAUUCUGAAAGACGUUAUGGAGACAACAGUUAGAUUGAAUGUACCUUUGCCAGUCAAAGUGAAAUCGGGAUAUACGUGGGGUGAUUUGGAAGAAAUUAAAUUGUAAUAUAAUAUAGUGAAAUUUAGAAAUAUAAGCCCU